AUGCCCAAAUACACCCUUUCAACGAUAAUUUAUAUUUCAAUAAAUAUCUUAAGUUUAUUCUUGUCAACAUUUCUUAUCAUCAAAUUAUAUGUAUCACCUAAUCAUUUUACGAAAUAUACUCAAUUCCAAUUACUUGUAGCAUCAUGGGGAUAUACGUUAGGACUUUCACCAACAAUAAUAAAUUAUGGUGGUGAUUUAAUGAAUAAAGCGCAUGACACGCUAAUUUGUAAAAUUCAACAGAUGAUAUCUUUAAUAUUUUUGUAUCCUUUAUACUUAUUUCCUGUGAUAUUAGGAUUUUAUAUUUGGCAUGCUGCCGAAAAUAGAAACAUAAAAAUAGAGAAAAAGUAUUUUUGGAUAUUUUCAAGUUUAGUUUGGUGUUUCACAGUUUGUUAUAAUGUGUUUUCUUUUGUUGAUGGGUAUGAGAAGGAGAAUUUUGGCGUGCGCGUUACACCAUUACUUUGCAAACCUCCAAAUUCUAAAUUAAAUCAAAUAACAUAUUUAGUAAUCGUUCCACUUCUAUUUUGUAUAGCAAUUGCGUUCACAAGCUUUGCAACGGCAGUUUUAUGGAAACGUUGGCGGCAUUACUCGGUAAAAAGAAAUCGAUGGACGGCAUUAAGAUACGGUCAUGCGCUACGUUUGUUCAUGUGCAGCAUCAUGUACACGAGUUUUCUUGGGAUCCCUUUAUUAUCAAGGGUCAUAUCUCAAUAUUGGAUUAAUUCGGAACAUCCCGAAAUUAACAAGAUAGUCGUUGAAGAUUUUGUUCAACCAUUAAGUGGAAUAAUUUUAUUUCUUAUCUUUGUUAAGAAUGAUUCUCCUGCAGCUUUUCUGCCAUGCAUUUAUUAUGGUGGCCCUGAAAAGUUAACAUUUAAAUCCGAAUCAUAUUUUAGAGAUGAUCGAAUCUUAGAUGCAAGACCACCAUCACUAUCAUAUUCGUUUAAUGAUGCUUUUAACGUAAAUCCGUCACCAACCACGAUUGCUAGAACUAUCGUUACAAAAAAUGAUAAUCUAGAGAUUGAGCAAGAUACUAUUGAAAUUUUGUUAUGUUAG